ACUGCGCCGGGGCACGGCGGAGCGGGGUCUGUGCGUUAGCGGGCAUCAGCCGGAGGUGCCCGCUGUGGCUCAGGAGCUCGUUCCUGAGAGCGAGCGAGCCAUCCCGCGCCUGCCAGGCCGCAAGCCUGCCGGGGGAUGCUUCGGAAGAGGCAGUGGGGGAUGCUUGGGAAGAGGCAGUGGUGCACGCAGAAAGGAGCACGGGGAGGUAUCGCUGUGGGGGAGAUGAGUUUACAGUUGAUUUUCUGAGGUCUGGCUACUUGUGGAACAUAUUGGGAGAGACAGUUUUAGGGUGUAUUAAAGUUGUUAAAGCUUGUGCUGCCUUCCUGCUCUUUCAUUCCUAUGCCUGUCCCUGUACUGGCUCCGAUGCUUGACUGAUACAUGAAUGAGAUGGUUUCAGGAUGCUAAUCUUUCAGAAAAUUAGAUCAGCAAAUUCUUCACAGGUUAUUGAUUUAGAAGAGAAGAUUGAGAACCAGGAAUGAAAUUUUGUGGUGAAGAUGGACCCUACUAGAAUUUCAAAAGAACAUGCACACUGUGUCAGAACACUUUUUGGACAUCAAGAAAAUACAGAUUUGCAUGAUACAUCCUUUGAAAAUCAAGAAGCGAAGUUAAUGCCAGAAUCAUGUAGAAGCAUGAAACAGGCUCUCCAAAGAGCUGUGCAGAAGGAAGUCCAGCGUGUCAUGGGAAGAACACCACCAAGACCAGAAAAAGCUGCAAUGGAGGCACUAGGAAUGGAUCUGUACAAGAGAAACAAACCUGAGAAGCAGCCUUUUGCCCAUCUCAUUAUUGAUGAUAAGAAUAUUCCAUCUGGAACUCGCAAAGUGAACCUCACAUCCUGGCAUCAUGACAAAGGCCAGGCAAACUUAUCAAAUAUGACAUUCAAUGAUGGAAAGCUAAUUGUUAAUCAAGAUGGAUUUUACUACCUUUAUGCCAACAUUUGUUUUAGACAUCAUGAAACUUCAGGAAACCUGACUAAAAGAGGGCUUCAGCUGAUGGUGUAUAUGACUAAGACAAACCUUAAAAUAAGGCGCUCUGAUGUGUUGAUGAAGGGAGGAAGCACCAAAUACUGGUCAGGGAAUUCGGAAUUUCAUUUUUAUUCUGUCAAUGUAGGAGGGUUUUUCAAAUUAAAAUCUGGUGAAAUGAUCAGUAUCCAGGUAUCAAACCCAUUGCUACUGGAUUCGUCACAAGAAGCAACUUACUUUGGGGCUUUUAAAGUAAGGGAUUUAGACUGA